AUGAGCAUGAAAAAUGAAGUUCUAUCAAAGAAUCUCUGGGAUAUCUUAUCGCGUGAUUAUAAAGCGAUUCUUGAAUCAGGAGAUUUCUCCGAUGUCAUAAUUACGGUUGGGAGGGGAUCCAAUAUGAAAGAAUUCCGAGGUCAUUCCCUUGUGCUCAAGACUCGAUCAUCUUAUUUUCGCAUCGCUUUAUCAAGAGAUUGGGCCCAAAUGUCUCCCGAAGGAAUGAUUAAAUUUACUAAACCAAAUAUAGAACCAGAGAUAUUUGAGGCCAUUUUCAAGUACAUUUAUAGUGGAACCAUUGAUCUCGGGAGUUUCAGUGUACCCGAUAUUCUCGAACUUCUAAUAGCAGCAGACGAACUGUCCUUCAUAGAAUUAUGCGACUGCAUCCAGGAGUUUCUGGUGACCUCCCAGGAUCUGGUCAAGCAAUAUAUUGUCUUUGCCGCUACGACAGCCCAAAAAUAUUCACCUUUUGGAAAGUUGGGAUCGUUGUGCAAGAAAAUUCUGGAGCAAACCCCGACAGUUUACUUUCAUUCCCGAGACUUCACCACUGCUCCACCUGAAUUGCUUUCAUUGUUAUUUAAGAAACACCCGAACGCUCUAAAGGAGACCGAGUUUUGGGAAAAACUUAUUGAAUGGGGCCGUGCGCAAGCUCCUUCACUUCCCAUCGAUGUCUCAAAAUGGACCGAAUAUGAUUUUUCAACCUUUGGUGAUUUGGUGAAUCCUUACAUUUGUUACAUCAAAUUUAACCGUAUGAGCCCUGAUGAAUUCUUUGAAGUGAUUCAUCCAUUUCGUCAAAUUUUUGAUAAUGAUUUUUACGAACAGCUCUUGGAAUAUCACGCUAGCGCACAGAAAAGACAUCCACACUAUCCGGAAAUAGAUUCGAAUCUCAUUACCAGACGGCACGCAGCUUUGAUUUCUGAGUGGAUCAAUGAAUCAAAGACAGAUAUCAAUGACACGGACGCAGCUGGCACUAGCGACCGAGACAAUUCAAAUUGCGAAUACGAGUAUAAUCUGUUGACACGUGGAUCGCGUGAUGGAUUCACGGCGAAAAUAUUUCACAAUCACUGUGAUCUGAAAGGUCCUACCAUCACUCUAAUACGCGUGAAAGAUACAAACGAAAUAUUGGGAGGGUAUAACCCAUUAGACUGGAAGCCUGGUAGUUGCAAUGAUAUUGCACGAACACGAGAGAGCUUCAUAUUUGCGUUGGAUUAUGAAGAUAUGGAUAAGUCGAUUCUCAGUCGAGUUGUCGAUAACGGUAAUGCUAUAUUCCAGUUGAAUCGAUGCGGACCUCAUUUCGGAAAUCAAAUCAGACCGGAUUUGGGUAUUAUGGGCAUAUUCAAUAAUGCGGAUGAGGGACAAUGUAAUAAGUUUAAAUACCGAAAGCGAAUCAGAAAGACGAAUGGAAAAUUUCAGGUGGGUGAGUAUGAGGUUUUUCAAGUUGUUCGGAAGAAAUAA